AUGGUUAUCGAAGCACCCUUUCUUCGUGGUUUGCGUGGACCGUUCUAUGAUCGGGAGAUACAGCAUUGGACGAAAGUUAAUUCUAGCAAAUUACUAAAGAAAAAGUCAAAACUGGAGAAAAAGACUCCCAAAAGGGACGAUGAACUAAAUGCCCAAGAGCACUUAUCGAAUACCUUUUUUAGCCUUUUUUAUCUGGGCUAUCGGUAA